GUGUCACGAGAGAUGUUGUGAAAGAGGGAGAGAUCUAUGGUUAAAGUGCUUUAGUGAAAGUGUUGUAUGAUGCAUUAGGUUGUUCAUAAGGACUGAGCUUCUCUCUCUGUCCCAGGCAUGUCAGGCAUGGACAACAUGGACCGAGGUUUCUUCCGGAAGGUAGACGUGCCAGACCAAGCUCAUUACAUCGUGGCCUGCUUCGUUGUGGUGAUCGGAGCGGUGGGGGUCGGUGGGAAUGCCCUGGUGAUGUACGCCUUCUUCAGUAACAAGAAGCUCCGGACUCCUCCCAACUAUUUCAUCAUGAAUCUGGCAGUGAGUGAUUUCCUCAUGGCUAUCACACAGUCCCCUAUCUUCUUUGUCAACUGUCUCUACAAGGAAUGGGUUUUUGGAGAAACAGGCUGUAAGAUGUACGCCUUCUGUGGGGCCUUAUUUGGGAUCACCUCCAUGAUCAAUCUGCUGGCUAUCUCCAUUGACCGCUACAUCGUCAUCACCAAGCCCCUACAGGCCCUCCACUGGACCUCUAAACGCCGUACCUCCGUUGUCAUCGUCAUUGUCUGGCUCUACUCGCUGGCCUGGAGCCUGGCGCCUCUCUUUGGCUGGAGUUCUUAUAUCCCUGAGGGCCUGAUGACCUCCUGUACGUGGGAUUAUGUGACCUCCACACCAGCCAAUAGGAGUUACACUCUGAUGCUAUGCAUCUUUGUGUUCUUCAUCCCACUGGCCAUCAUCUCCUACUGCUACCUCUGCAUGUUCCUGGCCAUACGCACUGCCAGUAGAGACAUGGAGAAACUGGGCAGUCAGGUGAGGAAGUCCACCCUCAUCCAGCAGCAGUCCAUCAAGACAGAGUGGAAGCUGGCCAAGAUUGCCUUUGUGGUCAUCAUCGUCUAUGUGAUGUCCUGGUCUCCCUAUGCCUGCGUCACCCUCAUCGCCUGGGCUGGCUAUGGACGUGCCCUCAGCCCCUACUCCAAGGCCGUCCCUGCUGUCAUCGCCAAAGCCUCAGCCAUCUAUAACCCUUUCAUCUAUGCCAUCAUCCACUCUAAGUACAGAGACACUCUGGCAGAGAAGGUUCCCUGUCUGCACUUCCUGGCCCAACCACACAGGAAGGGCUGUAUCUCUAUGUCCAACAGCGAGUCCUCCUUCAGGGACCCUAUGCUCAGCAGACAGUCCUCCACCUCCAAGACCAAGUUCCAUAAAGUGUCCUCCAUGUCCACCGGAGACACACAGGUGUGGAGUGACGUGGAGCUGGACCCCUUCGACCAGCAGAGCCAGUCUCUGAGAAUCAGCCACUCCUCUGGAGCUCUGAGAGUGAAGGAGUGCAGACAGUCAGCCCAAGAGCAGGCAGAAAAAGGUAAGGCUGCCGUCCCCGAGAGGGGCUCACUGAGCAGCUGUGACCACAACCUGGUGUCUGAAUCUGUGACCAGGGAGGAGGCUGGGGAGGGGUGGCAGGAGGAGGAGAAGACCCAGGAGAGACCCCCCCAGUCCCCCAGCACCCUGAACAACAACAAACAAAGAGAUUCUGCGGUUCCACACAUCAUCAUCAGCCCCUCGUCAGAGACGACGGGGCACUAUAAGGGGGAGGAACAUGGAGCACAGACCCGUGAGGAGAACAUGCUACUGUGCCUGCAGAGCUUAAACUGCUCCAAUGAACUGCUGGAGUUGGUUGAAAAGUUUCUCUCCUGAAACCCCCCUGGGGAGUCGGUCUGAAGGCUUUGCUGUAUGCAUGAUGUGUGGAUGUGGUACUGUCACAAUAUUGUACAAUACAGACAAUAGAGAGCAAGUGAGGAUUGUCAUGGUCCAAGAAGGUUAUACUUAUGUUAAAUACAAUCAUCUGCUAAUGCUUUCACAACUGUCAGAGUAUGUGUAAUCUACUGUAUGAUCUUGACACACUUCUGUCCAGUCUUAUGUUUGGCCUUAUGUUUUAAUGACAAACAAAUAUCUCAUGACAAACAAUCCUUUGGUCUCCUACAGCAGGCUACUGAGUAGGUUGUCCUAUACCUGCUUUAAGGCCUGAGUAGAAUCUACCAUCACCGCACAAGAACGUAAGGACACUGUAAAGACUCGGAUGGACUUGUUUUUUGGUGAUCAACCCAGCAGGUCGAAGGAUCUUUCUGAAAGUGUUCAUUCUAAAACCAAGAAGCACAUAAUAUGAGGACCAACUGAUUCACCAGAAAUCAAUGAGACAAAAGAUCCACUUGAUUCAAACCAAAUGAUGCAGCCCAAUCCACAUCCAAAACAUCUAGACUAGAGAGAGUUAGAAAGGCUCAAGCACUGUUACUAUACAUACAAUACUCUUUCUUUAGGGUGAAACUUUGUGUAAAGGAGGAGUAUAGAAAAUGUAGUAAUUUCCUAUGAUUUAACCUUUGGAAACUAAAUCAUAUAAUUACUGAAAUGUUUAGAGUAUUUUCUGCUUGACUGUACAAGGUUUGAUUACCACUUGUUUUUCAACUGUCUACUACUGGGUUUGUAAUCCCCAUGGACUGUGGAGCAUUUCCUUAUUAUCUGUCACAAGUACUGUAUGUUCUGUUGUAUGUGCACAUGUACAGUAUUUCCUGUAGGUACCAGAUUACUAUUAAAUGAUGGGUUUGUACUAUGUGUGGCUUUGAGAAGAAGGAUGGGGGUUUCUAUAUCAAACUCUGAAUAACCCUGCUCGAACCUAAAGUCCUAUUUUGGAAGGGAACUCGAUGCCGGAGUGAUAUUGGUUAGGUGUCUACCUAUGGGAUAUGUGUUAUUUUAGAUGAGGAAAUACUUUUACUGCAUAAACUCAAAUUGCACCCGU